AACUGCAACCGAGGAUUUUAUGAAAAUGGAAAAUUCUGAGGCAUUUGUAGGCUUUGAUCUCUGUAAGAUACCACUCUCCAGUGUUGCUCAGAAGAUUAUGUCUGCUAUGCAUUCAGGUGAUUUAGUGGAAUCUAAGAAUUGGACAGAAAGUGAAAAGACUGCAGCAGUGGUGAACAAAUCCAGUGUUCAGUGUGCAGGACUAUGUGAAGAUGAGAAUCAAGCACUGGAUAAACAGGAUCUUUAUUCUUUCACAAGCCAGACGUCAAGCGCUUCCGUCAAACGCCCCUCUCAGUCCUCCAGCAUCAGACUCGUAGAUCAGCUGUCCGCUGACCUUGGACAGACCAUCGGCUCACCGGCUCCUUUCAGCUGUCUAAUUCCCCAGCAUACCCAAGAGGCUUCAGUUCUGCAGAAAACGGAACAUAGAGGAAAACAUUUCCUAAAGAAGCAUUUAAGUAAUGAAAAUAAAGAAAGCAUGAAUCUUAAAAGAAAACAUAUUACAUGUGAUAAUUCACCAGAGGAAACAAGUAAACAUAUGGUAUUGAAAGAAGAUGCUGAUGUGGGGGAAGCCUCCCUGAACUCUGGGAACCCAGGAACGUUCAGACACCAUUUAUGUGAUAUCAGGUAUUUGGAUGAUGUGGAGAAAAGCCAGCUGAUUGAAACGCUCAAACAGGCAGCAGCCCUGGUGGUAACGCUGAUGUAUAAGGAUGGUUCAACCCAGCUGAGAGCUGACCAGGCUCUACUUUCCUCUGUUAAAGGGAUUGUGAUGUUACUACAGGGCCAUGCAGACGAAGGCAGCCCUCUGGGUGCCUCAGCCUCCAGCCCUGCGCUGGAGGGGGGCUUGGCCCCCAGUGAGCGGUAUGUCUACAUAGACACGCAGCACUCUCCUAUUUGGAGCCAAGAAGGAGAGACACAUGGUCAGUUUGCCAGGAACAUGCUGUUUCAAAUACUGAAAUGCAAAUGUCCUGUCAUUUGUUUCAAUGCCAAGGACUUUGUGAGAACAGUGCUGCAGUGUUUUGGUGGUGACGGCAGCUGGAAGCAUGUUGCUGAUUUUGUAGGGCUAGAUCCCAGAAUUGCCGCGUGGCUUAUAGAUCCUAGCGAUGCUGCACCCUCUUUUGAAGAUUUAGUGGCAAAAUACUUGGAAAACCCCGUCGCAGUUAAAGUGAGCAGCACAUAUGGAAACUCCUCAAGAAAUACUGUGAAUCAAAAUGUAUGUGCGAACCUGAGGAUACUCCACAGGCUUACGAUGGAGCUGUGUUCCCAGCUGAAGGCUCAUGGUUUAUGGCGACUCUUCUGUACUCUGGAGCUUCCUCUGGUACCAGUUCUGGCAGUGAUGGAAAGCCACUGCAUGCAGGUGAACCAGGAAGACUUGCAGAGGACCUCGGCACUCCUUGGGUCUCGUCUCAAGGAGCUGGAGCGAGAUGCCCAUCUUGUUGCAGGAGAACCGUUUCUCAUAACAAGCAGUAACCAGCUUCGAGAGAUCCUCUUUGGCAAACUAAAGCUGCACCUGCUGAGUCCAACAGAGACUCUUCCCAGGACGGGGCUGCGGGGACACCUGUCCACAUCUGAAGCCGUGUUAAAUGCUCUGCAAGACCUCCAUCCAUUACCCAAGAUCAUUUUGGAAUAUAGGCAGGUUCACAAGAUCAAGUCAGCCUUUGUAGAUGGACUGCUAGCAUGCAUGAAGAAGGGCUCCAUUUCCUGCACGUGGAACCAGACUGGGACUGUGACUGGAAGACUUUCCGCCAAGCACCCGAAUAUCCAAGGUAUCUCCAAGCACCCAGUUCAGAUGACUAAACCUCAGAAUUAUAAAGGAGGGGUGGCUGCAGAUCAGCUCAUGACCAGAUCCAUCAGCUGCUCUCACCCUCACGCGCCAGGGAAGGAAGAGGAAGUCCUCACCAUCUCCCCAAGGACUGUGUUUGUCUCAGCCACAGGCCACACCUUCCUGGCAGCAGACUUUUCACAGAUUGAAUUGCGCAUUCUUGCACAUUUAUCUGGGGAUCCAGAACUUUUGAAGUUAUUCCAGGAAUCUGAAAGAGAUGAUGUAUUUUCUACCCUGACUUCACAGUGGAAGGACAUCCCCGCAGAACGUGUGACGCACACAGACAGAGAGCAGACCAAGAAGGUGGUGUACUCUGUGGUGUACGGAGCAGGGAAGGAGCGUCUUGCUGCUUGCCUUGGAGUUUCUGUUCAGGAAGCCUCCCGGUUUUUGGAGAGUUUUUUGCAGAAGUAUAGGAAAAUCAAGGACUUUGCCCAAGCAACCAUUGCCCAGUGUCACCAGACAGGCUACGUGACAUCCAUUAUGGGCAGGAGGAGGCCACUACCAGGGAUCCACGAACGGGACCAGCAGCUCCGGGCACAAGCAGAGCGGCAGGCAGUGAACUUCGUGGUGCAAGGUACUGGCAGGGGCAUAGUGGAAUCUGCCCGAAGGUGUAACAGCUUGAGCUCGGCGGCCGACCUCUGUAAGAUGGCCAUGAUCCACAUCUUCGCAGCGGUGGCCACUUCCCCCACCCUGACGGCCAGGGCCGCCCAGCUUCACCACAUGGGGCGGUCUGCCCUCAGCCCCUUCCUGCAUGCGCUGAGCCUGCCGGACAGGCUGGUCGCCCAGAUUCAUGACGAGCUGCUGUUUGAAGUGGAAGACGCACAGAUUCCCGAGUUUGCAGCUCUCGUCAGAGGGGCCAUGGAGUCCCUGCAGCACGUCAGGGCCCUGGAGCUGCAGCUGCAGGUGCCCCUGAAGGUGAGCUUGAGUGCUGGCCGCUCCUGGGGACACCUGGUGCCACUGUGA